ACGUGCAUAGACACGAAGAGGCGUCAGGGAGCGGAGCCGGGUUUAGCUCCGUGGUGCCGGGUAAUAGCCCGAGGGUGAUAGGGUCAGGCGGUUGCACCUGCACACGAGAAGCAUUGUCUUUGCUGAGCCCGGACCGCGCGCGGGAAUAGGGUGGGUGCCGGAGGGGCUGCGCGGGCUGAGCCGGAGCGGCGGUGCCGGCAGGGGGCGCUGCGGGCGGAGGCCGCGCUGACCGCUCCGGCCCGGCCCGGCCCAGCGCAGCUCCCGGGUUCAGCCGCGCGGGCCCAGCCGCGCCGCCGCCGCGAUGGUGAAGGAGCAGUUCAGGGAGACCGAUGUGGCCAAGAAAAUAAGCCACAUCUGUUUUGGCAUGAAAUCUCCAGAGGAGAUGCGGCAGCAAGCUCACAUUCAAGUGGUCAGCAAAAAUUUGUAUAGUCAGGACAACCAUCACUCUCCGCUGCAGUAUGGAGUGCUGGACCAUCGCAUGGGAACCAGUGAAAAAGACCGUCCCUGUGAAACCUGUGGGAAAAGUCUGGCUGAUUGUUUAGGGCAUUACGGGUACAUUGACUUAGAACUACCAUGUUUUCAUGUUGGGUACUUCAAAGCUGUGAUAGGCAUCUUACAGAUGAUCUGCAAAACCUGUUGCCGCAUCAUGCUGUCAGUGGAAGAAAGAAAGCAGUUUUUAGAUUACCUAAAACGACCUGGCCUUACAUAUCUUCAGAAGAGAGGACUAAAAAAGAAAGUGUCUGAGAAGUGCAGAAAGAAAAGCACUUGUCCUUACUGUGGGGCCUUUAAUGGAACUGUGAAGAAGUGUGGUUUGUUGAAAAUAAUACAUGAAAAGUACAAGACAAAUAAGAAAGUUGUAGAUCCAAUAGUAUCUACUUUUCUCCAGUCCUUUGAAACUGCCAUUGAAUAUAACAAAGAAGUAGAACCCUUACUGGGAAGAGCUCAGGAAAACUUGAAUCCUUUGGUAGUAUUGAACCUCUUUAAAAGAAUCCCAGCAGAAGACAUCCCUCUACUUCUGAUGAACCCACAAGCAGGUAAACCUUCAGAUUUGAUCCUCACACGACUCCUGGUGCCUCCACUGUGUAUCAGACCCUCAGUUGUGAGUGAUUUGAAGUCUGGCACCAAUGAGGACGAUUUGACCAUGAAACUGACAGAGAUCAUUUUCCUCAAUGAUGUAAUAAAAAAGCAUAGGAUAUCAGGAGCUAAAACACAGAUGAUUAUGGAAGACUGGGAUUUUCUUCAACUGCAGUGUGCCCUGUACAUUAAUAGUGAGCUCUCUGGAAUACCCCUCAACAUGGCACCUAAAAAAUGGACCAGAGGUUUUGUUCAGAGACUUAAGGGAAAGCAAGGUCGGUUUAGAGGCAAUCUGUCUGGAAAGAGAGUGGAUUUUUCUGGCAGAACAGUCAUUUCACCUGAUCCUAACUUAAGAAUAGACGAAGUAGCAGUGCCUAUUCAUGUUGCUAAAAUAUUGACGUUUCCUGAAAAGGUGAACAAAGCAAACAUUAAUUUUAUGAGGAAACUUGUCUGUAAUGGUCCUGAUGUUCAUCCUGGAGCAAACUUCAUACAGCAAAGACACACCCAGAUGAAAAGAUUUUUGAAAUACGGGAACCGAGAGAAGAUGGCCCAGGAGCUGAAGUUUGGUGACAUUGUGGAGCGACAUCUGAUAGACGGUGACAUUGUCCUGUUCAACCGGCAGCCCUCACUGCACAAGCUGAGCAUCAUGGCUCACAUUGCUAGAGUGAAACCUCAUAGGACAUUCAGGUUCAAUGAAUGUGUCUGUACACCAUACAAUGCAGACUUUGAUGGAGAUGAGAUGAACCUUCACCUUCCUCAGACAGAAGAAGCAAAAGCAGAAGCACUUGUUUUAAUGGGGACUAAAGCCAACUUGGUGACACCAAGAAAUGGAGAACCUCUUAUUGCUGCCAUUCAGGAUUUCCUCACAGGUGCCUAUCUUCUUACAUUGAAAGAUACCUUUUUUGAUCGAGCCAAAGCCUGUCAAAUUAUUGCUUCUAUCCUGGUAGGCAAGGAUGAAAAGAUCAAAGUUCGUCUUCCACCCCCAGCAAUUCUGAAGCCUGUAACACUCUGGACAGGAAAACAGGUUUUCAGCCUCAUUCUCAAACCCAGUGAUGAUUGUCCUGUAAAAGCCAACUUACGAACAAAGGGCAAACAGUAUUGUGGCAAAGGGGAAGACCUGUGUUACAAUGAUUCUUAUGUCACAAUUCAAAACAGCGAGUUAAUGAGUGGCAGUAUGGACAAAGGAACACUGGGGUCAGGAUCCAAGAACAACAUCUUCUACAUUUUACUGAGGGACUGGGGCCAGGUGGAGGCUGCAGAUGCCAUGUCACGUCUGGCCAGACUUGCUCCAGUCUAUCUUUCUAAUCGUGGCUUUUCAAUUGGAAUUGGUGAUGUAACCCCUGGGCAGGGCCUGUUAAAAGCUAAGUAUGAGCUCCUGAAUGCUGGCUAUAAGAAAUGUGAUGAGUAUAUUGAAGCUCUGAACACUGGUAAGCUACAGCAGCAACCUGGUUGUACUGCAGAGGAGACACUAGAGGCCUUAAUCCUUAAAGAACUGUCUGUUAUCAGAGAUCAUGCUGGCAGUGCCUGUCUUAGAGAACUGGACAAGAGUAACAGUCCCCUGAUUAUGGCUCUCUGUGGUUCUAAAGGCUCCUUCAUUAACAUAUCCCAGAUGAUUGCUUGUGUAGGGCAGCAGGCCAUCAGUGGGUCCCGUGUUCCCGAUGGGUUUGAGAACAGGUCCUUGCCUCACUUUGAGAAGCAUUCUAAGCUCCCUGCAGCAAAAGGCUUUGUUGCAAACAGCUUCUAUUCUGGAUUGACUCCCACUGAAUUUUUUUUCCACACAAUGGCUGGUCGAGAAGGUCUGGUUGAUACAGCUGUAAAAACAGCUGAAACUGGGUAUAUGCAGAGACGUCUGGUGAAAUCCCUUGAAGAUCUUUGCUCACAGUAUGAUUUAACAGUCAGAAGUUCUACUGGUGACAUUAUACAAUUUAUUUAUGGAGGAGAUGGCUUGGAUCCUGCAGCUAUGGAAGGGAAGGAUGAACCACUGGAAUUCAAGCGAGUUCUAGACAAUAUCAGGGCGGUCUAUCCAUGCCGAAGUGAACCAGCCCUUAGCAAAAAUGAAUUGGUGUUAACAUCUGAGUCCAUCAUGAAGAAGAAUGAAUUUCUUUGCUGCCAAGACAGCUUUCUGCAGGAAAUAAAAAAAUUCAUCAAAAGCGUUUCUGAGAAGAUAAAAAAAACUAGGGACAAAUAUGGAAUUAAUGACAAUGGCACAACAGAGCCAAGAGUUUUAUAUCAGUUGGAUAGGAUUACUCCAACACAACUAGAGAAGUUUCUAGAGACUUGUAGAGACAAAUACAUGAGGGCACAGAUGGAGCCUGGUUCAGCAGUAGGAGCUCUUUGUGCACAGAGUAUUGGUGAGCCUGGCACGCAGAUGACUCUGAAGACUUUCCAUUUUGCUGGUGUUGCUUCAAUGAACAUUACUUUGGGUGUGCCAAGAAUCAAAGAAAUCAUUAAUGCUUCAAAGGCUAUUAGCACCCCUAUUAUAACAGCACAGUUGGACAAAGAUGAUGAUCCUGAUUUUGCCCGUCUGGUAAAAGGAAGAAUUGAGAAAACUUUGUUAGGAGAGAUUUCUGAAUAUAUUGAGGAAGUGUUUCUUCCAGAUGACUGUUUCAUCCUAGUGAAGCUGUCUUUAGAGCGCAUUAGACUACUGAGAUUAGAGGUGAAUGCAGAGACUGUGCGCUACUCGAUUUGCAUCUCUAAACUCAGAGUGAAGCCUGGGGAUGUUGCUGUCCAUGGAGAAGCAGUUGUAUGUGUGACCCCUCGUGAAAAUAGCAAGAGUUCCAUGUAUUAUGUAUUGCAGUCCCUCAAGGAAGAACUACCAAAGGUUGUAGUGCAAGGCAUACCAGAGGUUUCCCGAGCUGUUAUUCAUGUUGAUGAACAAAGUGGAAAGGAAAAAUACAAACUUCUGGUUGAAGGUGAUAAUCUACGAGCUGUUAUGGCUACUCAUGGAGUGAAAGGAAUAAAAACAUCCUCUAACAACACUUACGAGGUAGAGAAAACUCUGGGAAUUGAAGCUGCUCGGACCACCAUUAUCAACGAGAUUCAAUAUACGAUGGUGAACCAUGGCAUGAGCAUUGACAGGAGACAUGUUAUGUUAUUGUCUGAUCUAAUGACUUACAAGGGUGAAGUGCUGGGCAUUACCAGGUUUGGCCUGGCAAAAAUGAAGGAAAGUGUGUUGAUGCUGGCUUCUUUUGAAAAGACUGCAGACCAUCUCUUUGAUGCUGCUUACUUUGGACAGAAGGAUUCUGUUUGUGGUGUUUCUGAGUGCAUCAUCAUGGGAAUUCCAAUGAAUAUUGGAACAGGACUCUUUAAACUCUUACACAAAGCAGAUAAGGAAUCAACUCCUCCCAGGCGGCCUCUGAUAUUUGAUCAUAAUGAAUUUCAUAUUCCCAUUGUUACGUAGAACUUGGACAUAAAAAAAGAUAGCAAACCAAGAAAUAGUAAGCAAACAUAAUUUAAAUUAAACAAAGUGUAUUAUUGGUUCUGUGUAUCUCAAUAUAACUGAAUUGGUAAGUUAAAUAAUAUCAAAAGAAUUGCCCAAUUGUUCACCACCUGUGGUUAGUACAGACCCUGAAAGGAGAGAGUGCACCAGAAAGUGGAAACGAAUUUCAAGUGAAUUUCACCUGAUAACAUUUCCUUUUUCAUGUGAUAGUGUUAGCUUUUCCUGUUACUGUUAAUGGGUGCAAGCUGUUAUUAACUCAUUAUUUAUUACACUCGUGUUCAGAUUUUACUAAAAAACAAAAAUAAAAUUGCAAGAGAAUUCUGAGAGCUUGCCCAGAGUGCUUUUGGAAGUGCCCUUUCAACAGGAGCUGCAAAGGUCAGUCUACAGCUGUUAAGAACAGGAACUUCAGAAAGCUGGAACUGAGUCUUUAAUUCAUCGUGAAUUCAGGAGUGCUGUUCAAAGUGUUUGAAAUAUUUGCUCUUUGCUUUUGGUAGUUUUAAUUGGUUUUUCUUUAUCCCAAGUUAUUAUCCAGUAAAUUAUUUUCCUCCCCAGGAUUCUGUUUUGGGACCAUAUCUAUAGGAAGCUGUACAUUGUGGUUACUACUAAAUUCUGAGAAGACUGUUGUUAGAAUACUGCCAAUUACAGUUAGCUUUUCAUAUGACAGCAGCUGUCUAACUGCUGGAAUCAGUAACUUCCAGCAGUCUUAGGUUUGGGAAUGUUUCCUAAUUGAGCAGGAUCAUCUGAGCAACCUACUUUGAAUUUAUUAUAUAAAGUAGAAGUUGGAGGGGACACUGUUUUUAUGCAUUGCCAUGAAAUAAUUUGGAAGCAUCUUCAGCUUUAGUCCACUAAAGCAGUUUUCAGAAUGAAUAUAGAUCUCAAAUAAUUUCAGUGUUUAGCCACCAGUGUUUGGAUACUCAGUAUGCCCAUGACAUGGGUCAAGGUUGGAGAGAAAUGAAGUAGAGAAAGGAGCUGAAGUUAUGCCCUCAUGAAGUAAAAACGAUGCUGCUGAGUAUUCUAGCAUUUCAAAAUGAACAGGUUUGUGCUGCAGUUUUUAUGUCCACCAAAAGUGUAAGGCUACCUUCAGAGACUGUAAAUCUAUUGGUUUAAGUCUUAAGGUACCACUGUGUCUGUUUUUAAAGUAACCCUCCAUGCAGACAAGAUCUGAUAUUCAACACAGCAAUUCUCAAAUUAAUUUGUAUUUUCAGUGUGAUGCUAAGAUCUAUGUCUGCCUAGAUUUUGGCAGGGUGAAGAUGGAGAACGUAGUGCAUUUAUUUGCUCUAAAAACUACGUAUCUUUUGCUAUCUCUGUUUUAGCCAUAGAAAUUUCAGAAUAAAUUCAAGUUUUCUUUGUGAUCUCAGUGAGAUUGCCACUUACUCAUUUAUCUAUUUCUUUUACAAGGUGUAAAUUUAACAUGAGUAGGGGCUUCAUGGAGAGAAGAUCUAUAAACCUUUCCUGUGGUUAGUACUUUGUUGUAUCAUGGGAAAUUCUACUGACAGUGCUUGACAUUUUUGUGAAUAAAGAUUCUUCUCAAGGUCUAAAUGGGUGGAGUUUGUAUUGGAACAGAUAACCACAUCUUUCCUUUUUUUUUUUUUUUUUUUGUUGGUUGGUCUGGGAGGUUUUUUUGUUUGGUUUUGGAUUUUUUUGUAAAUAUAGAAAAAUAAGCUAUUUGAAUGGUGGGUUCACUCUCUCGUAUGUUCUAAAAUUAAGAAUAAAAUUACAUCUUUUAUCACUGUCUUAAAUAUGACAAUAAAAAGAGGCAGAGGUAAAGAA